AUGGCGCUAGUGCUUGUGGCACUACUGACGGCUGGAGUCGUAGCUUUCGACGUCGUCAUGGAGACCAAUAUCGUCUCCAGUCGCUUCGAGUCUCUGCAACUCCACAUCAACGACAGCAGCGCCUCCAAUGGAUCUACUCAGGAGUCAACGUGCAGUCCAAGUGUAGUCAAUGUGAGUGCGAUCGAGUACCACUCCGGUCAUCGAUACUACCCGCUUCUCCAAGAUGCAACUCCUCUUGCCUCUCCUCGUUUCCAAGACGAACACACUGUCCUAUGCAACGAAAGUCGUCGACACGAUCUCAAGUACAGCUACUGCUUGCCAAUCUCUGGCCGCAAGGACUCGCCAUUUUGUACCGGGGCUGACCGCAUGGACCUAUUGACCCCACACUCGGCCCAGUCUCGAUGUUACGCUAGUGUGCUGCACAUGCUCUUGAUGGAAGUCUACGAGGAGCUCCAUGCCUUUGGACACACUCCACUUUUAGUAUACGGCUCCCUCCUUGUGGACCCCUUGACGUUGAUGGCGACAUCGAGGCGUGCUCUGGUGGCAAAGGGUUACCACUUUUUCCAUUAUGACAUCUGGCGGGUCUGUGUGGCCCCUACGCAUCCUCUGGCUGCGAGACUGUACGAUCCGAGACUUCCCAUCACGUCGAACUUUGUGGUGCCGUAUCUCGAUCUGUACGCAAUGGACAAGUUGAAUGACACCGACUGGAGCAUGGAGUGCUUCAGUGACAGUACACUGCCUCAUGAAAAGAUGCAGCCGUUUUCUCAAGUGAAGAUCAACGGACUGUCGUUCGACACGGUCGCGGAUCCAGAUUAUUUUUUGAGGAAGAUGUACAGCGAAGAUUACAUGACCCCAAAGCCGCGGAAGUAG